UGUUGCUAAGUUCGUUACCUUCCCCGCGUUUGACGGGGCUGGAAAGUCCCUUUCAAAUGGUCUUCAGUCUGAAGAUGAGAAUCCGUUUUUAGAGCAUUAAUAACUAUUAGGUGUUUAGCAUUAUUACGUUCAACCUGCACACAGGCGUUGUGAGAGUUCUAGCUAGCAAACAACCGCUAAAUCACUUCAGUUUGAGGGUGUACAUUGGCUAGGUGGCCAGCCAGGCUCUUUGUGUAGGGAUGUUUUGUUUUUGUUGAUCACAGCUCUCGUAGCUUGUUAGAUCAUUUGCAAUGUGUUGAAGCCCAUAAUAUUGAUAGCAUACGGUGCUAUUUUUUACUGAAAGGUUAGAAAAAGUAGCCUGUGGACGUUGCAAAGCGACAAAUAUAUAAGGAGUUUGACGUCGAGGAGAUGGGGAAUUGUCUAAAAUCUCCAACCUCGGAUGAUAUUUCCUUGCUUCAUGAAUCACAAUCGGAUAGAGCUAGUUAUGGUGAUGGGGCAGAUCCAGAUCAGGAACCACCGCCACCAUACCAGGAGCAGCCCUAUGUGCCAGUGUACCACCCCACGCCCAGUCAGGCCCGCCUGGCCAGCCAGCUAACAGAGGAGGAGCAGGUCCGCAUUGCCCAACGCAUUGGCCUCAUACACCACCUCCCCAAGGGAGUGUACGACGCUAGCAGGGACGGCUCCGAGAAGAAAAUCAGAGAGUGUGUGAUUUGCAUGAUGGACUUUGUGUAUGGAGACCCCAUCCGGUUCCUGCCCUGCAUGCACAUCUACCACAUGGACUGUAUAGAUGACUGGCUGAUGCGCUCCUUCACCUGCCCCUCCUGCAUGGAGCCAGUGGAUGCUGCGCUGCUCUCCUCCUACGAGACCAACUGAGACACAACAGCACCACCGCUACCACCCCUGCACACUGUUUUGACUUACUCCCGCAUUCCACCUAUGCGGCCCCCUCCAGCAUCCCCAUGACCCACAGACAGCACCUCCAACAUGGGGGAGGGUCACAGCCUCUGGGAGCAGUUGAGGGCUGUGUGGUGGUGUUGAAGGGUGCUGUGGAGGCGAUGGAUGGCUAACACAGAGAGGGGGCCUCUACCUUCUGGCCUGGCCUGCUGGACAGGAAAGCACAGGCUGGGGGAGGACUGUGGAUACUGGUGACCAAGACUGUCUCUUACUGUCAUAUAUCACCCUCUGUCCACAGCCAACAUUUUUAACACGUUAAAACUCUCUAGAAAUACAGAUAUAUGCAAAGAUCUCUUGCAAGGAGGUGAUUCACUGGCUUUCCUCUCCUUAACAUUGUGUUCAAGUCGGAAGCUCUGUUCUACCAGUCCUCUUAAGGGCUCAUUAUUAGGAGCAAACUAUUAAUGCACAUGUACACAAAUCAGAAGAACUUCCACUUAUUUUCUAGCCCCAGUGGAAGAGUUCAGCAUAUGCUUACAAAAUAUUUGAAUAGAAACACUUCAUUUUCUCAUAUUCAGUAACCGCAACAUGAUUGUUUCAACCCAAUGGUAAGGUUUGUUUUCCUGAUUUGGUGAGUUUCUUAGACUAAUGAUCAGUCAAAAACUGAUCAUAUUGGUCUGCUAGGGGUUGGUCGCAAGGUGUGUUCGAUCAAAAUACUCUUGUUUAGCACAGUCUUUCUAGACUGCACAUCACGUUUCAUACCAGAGAUAUUCAACCGUCGAUUCACCCCAUUCAGAACAAGUGUCUUAGUCAUAUUACCAAGACCAUAUGAUUUAUCACAAUUAGGCCCCUGUGUUUUGGUUAAUCAUGUCACAUGACCUGGAUUUUAACCUUUUCUUUUUAGCCUUUUCCAGAAUUUAGAUUAAAAAUGAAAGCAAAUUGUCUAAGGAUGGAGCUGAUGCAUCUGACAUAAAAAGUUUGAUGAAAAAGCUUUAAAUAAUGGUUGAAAUCCAGGUCAUGUGACAUGAUUAACCAAAACACAGGGCCCUAGUUCAUAAUGCAUACACACAAGUCAUUCAGUUAGUUUCAAUGAAUUAAGUUACAUGCCCUAGUGUUUAUUUAUUAGUUCAACAUAUGAAUCAUCAGGUUGUUGUGCAAGGGGUUUGGAAAUGAGUGUGCUAACCACCCCAAACCUUUAGAUUUUUGUGUUCGUCUGCAUCUGUCUGAGCACGUGUUUCCUCAUCCUACUUGUAAAUAAUGUUGUUUUUCCAAGACUUUCAUGAUUUUCAUACUUAAACAUAGAAAAAAUCUUGAAUGUAUUAUGAUAACAUGCUGGAACCUUUUAACAACUAUUCAAUCAGCACAGUUCGCUGUAACCAAUAGUUAAUAAAUAAUGGGUGUGGUUUUGGUCAUGUUAUGUUGCUGUAUUUUGACUGGCUCGAAUUAAAUGCAAAUGUUUAUUUUAAAUGGGGGCAAGGUAUCUUUCAUGUUAAGUGAUCAUUUUACGACAUUUAAUAAAAGUAUUUUAGAUGUA